GUCUCUUUUUUUUUUCGUUCGUCUGCUUCGUUUAUUUAGGUUACCUACUAGGUUUGGUGAAAUCCUGACGUAAAUUAAAUUUUAUUCCAGUCACCAAAAUUUCACAAAUGGCUUCCAUUUUUACUAAAAUUCAAUUGACUGCAUCACUGAUUUCGCGGCCGGCUACUGCUCUACUUAUAAAUCAAAGGGUUACACAAUCACGAGCUUUUUCAGCUAUCCAAGCUCCAGUUUCAAAGCCAGAAGGACGAACAAGAUGCACACUGAUCCCUGGUGAUGGAGUUGGCCCUGAAUUGCUGUACUCAGUUCAAGAAGUAUUUAAGGCUGCUGGUGUUCCCGUUGACUUUGAGCCAAAAUUUUUCAGUGAAGUCCAGCCUUUGAUGAGUGUUUCUUUGGAAGAUGUAGCUGAAUCAAUUUCGCACAAUGGAAUUUGUCUCAAAGGUAGCCUUGCUACUCCUGAUUAUAGUCAUUCGGGAGAUUUGCAAUCGCUAAGUAUGAAACUCCGUCGCAAGUUGGAUCUUUACGCUAACGUGGUGCACGUUAAAUCGUUGCCGGGAGUGAGGGCCCGUCAUAACAACGUUGAUAUGAUUAUCAUUCGCGAGGCUACGGAAGGAGAAUAUUCUGCUCUUGAACACGAGAGUGUCCCGGGCGUAGUAGAAUGCUUGAAAAUUAUCACUGCCGAUAAAUCGCAUCGCAUUGCCAAAUUUGCGUUCGAUUAUGCCACUAAAUUCGGCCGAAAGAAGGUGACCGCUGUACACAAGGCUAACAUUAUGAAACUAGGCGAUGGGCUCUUCCUCCGUUGCUGUCGAGAAAUUGCUGAACUUUAUCCUAAAAUCAAGUUCGAAGAAAUGAUUGUCGAUAAUACAACUAUGCAGUUGGUAUCUAAACCUACCCAGUUUGAUGUCAUGGUUAUGCCAAAUCUGUAUGGUGACAUCAUUGAUAAUUUGGCAUCCGGAAUAAUUGGAGGCGCCGGUGUCGUUGCUGGAGCGUCCUACUCUAGCAACUGCGUCGUCUUUGAAAUGGGUUCAAGCCACACUUUCUCUGAAGCUGUAGGAAAAAAUGUGGCCAACCCAACUGCCAUGUUGCUGUCAUCGUGUAACAUGCUAAACCAUGUCGGAUUAGAAUAUUACGGCAACAUGAUCCAGAGUGCCGUUGAGCGAGUCCUUAAAGUUGGAAAGGUCCGAACAAAAGACAUCGGCGGUCAAUCGUCUACCAACGAAUUUACUUUGGCAGUCAUCAACAACCUCCGGUACUGAUCCGAUUCCCCGCCGAGUCCUGGAGAGAGGUUGUAUGACAUUCAGCCAAAUGCCAAGAGCAAUGUUCCCUUUACUAUUUCGGAACCUCCUCUUUAAGCAUUUUCUCUUUCUCUGAACUUUCUUCCAUCUCUGAGACUCUUGACUAGUUAAAAUUGAUUAGACAAAAUUUUUCAAUUUC